GAGUAGGGGUAGGUGCGCAUGCGGACGUAUCUAAUACGUUCCCGCUAAACCAACAAGCAUUAUUACUCGUCUUUUUCUCUCUCAAAAUUUCUAUUUUCAGUCUCGAUUUUUAGAAAAUAAAAAAUAAAAAUUCAGACUCGCGAGUAUAAAAUCGCAGCAUCAGAAGAGCGGAAGGAGGAUUCAUUUUGUGGUUCGUUGUUGUUAGUUGGGUGGUCUUCUACUCUUCUCAAGGUACCUAACCGCUACCCACCUGCCUUCACAUUUCUUUCAACAGUGAUUUAACGGAAUGGCACGCAAGAAGAUCAGAGAGUACGAUUCCAAGAGAUUGUUGAAGGAGCACUUCAAGAGGCUCGCUGGCUACGAAUUGCCUAUCAAAUCUGCACAAGUUACGGAAUCAACGGAUUUCAAUGAGCUAACAGAGAAAGAACCCUGGCUUUCUUCCGAGAAACUUGUGGUGAAGCCGGACAUGUUGUUUGGAAAGCGUGGAAAGAGCGGUCUGGUGGCCUUAAAUUUGGAUCUGGCCCAAGUUGCUACUUUUGUGAAAGAGCGCCUUGGCAAAGAGGUGGAGAUGGGUGGAUGCAAAGGACCUAUAACGACAUUCAUUGUUGAACCCUUCAUUCCACACAAUGAAGAGUUCUAUCUCAACAUCGUCUCAGAUCGACUUGGGUGCAGCAUCAGCUUUUCAGAGUGUGGAGGAAUUGAAAUUGAGGAGAACUGGGAUAAGGUGAAAACUAUAUUUGUCCCAACAGGGGUGUCACUAACCCCAGAAGUAAUUGCUCCCCUUGUUGCAACUCUUCCCUUAGAGAUCAAAGCAGUAAUUGAGGAGUUCAUCAAAGUGGUGUUUACUUUAUUUCAAGACAUUGACUUCACUUUCCUUGAGAUGAAUCCUUUCACUUUGGUUGAGGGAAAGCCUUAUCCUCUGGAUAUGAGAGGCGAGCUGGAUGACACUGCUGCUUUCAAGAACUUCAAGAAGUGGGGCAGCAUUGAAUUCCCAAUGCCAUUUGGAAGAGUUAUGAGCCCUACUGAAAGCUUUAUCCACGGGCUAGAUGAAAAGACAAGUGCAUCUUUGAAAUUCACUGUGCUGAACCCCAAGGGAAGGAUUUGGACUAUGGUUGCUGGAGGAGGUGCAAGUGUCAUCUAUGCAGAUACUGUUGGAGAUCUUGGUUACGCUUCUGAGCUUGGCAACUAUGCCGAAUAUAGUGGAGCACCCAAUGAAGAGGAGGUAUUGCAGUAUGCCAGAGUUGUAAUUGAUUGUGCAACUUCUGAUCCUGAUGGUCACAAGAGAGCCCUUGUAAUUGGAGGUGGCAUUGCUAACUUCACUGAUGUUGCUGCUACAUUCAAUGGCAUAAUUCGAGCUUUAAAAGAGAAGGAAUCAAAGCUCAAAGCAGCAAGGAUGAGCAUAUAUGUGAGGAGAGGAGGGCCUAACUACCAAAAGGGCCUCGCAAAGAUGCGAGCACUCGGGGAUGAAAUUGGCAUCCCAAUUGAGGUUUAUGGACCAGAAGAAACAAUGACUGGCAUAUGCAAACAGGCAAUAGAAUGUAUCACUGCAGCUGCAUAGGUUACCUGCUCAUAGAGACGAAUCUCUGCUUUCAGCCUUUCUGCUAUGCUAUUUAGGAAGUGUGCAUUUGAUCUUUCUUACCAUUUUCUUUGUAAUAGAAACUGAGGAAUCAUCGUAGUUCUACAAAUUUGACUGUUGCCUGUGAUGGCGUUGUCCGCACAAUAAAUAAAUGGCACAAGUUUUUAUUCAAUCUACUAGUCUCUACUGGAUUUUUUGAGAA